GUGAAAGAAGCAAAACGAUGGAAAACACGAUCAAAAAAUGUCUGGCCAGGAUACGAUGUUAAACAUGCUAUUGUUAAACACGGGGUUCUUUUUGUACCGGUUGGUGUGAAAGAAUCUAAAAACGAAGAGUUAGAAUGGCGCUUAUCAUUUUAUGUUGCAGAAAAACUUCUUAUUUUUCAUUUACACACACACAAUUGCUAUGUUAUGCUCUUUUGAAAAUUGUUCUCAAAGACGUUAUAGCUUUAGACGUAUAUUGCAAAGAAUUACUUUGUUCAUAUUUCAUGAAAACAAUUAUGUUUUGGAUGUCGGAGGAACUACCAUUAUCAAUAUGGAAGCCAGAAAACCUGAUAUCAUGUUUUAUGAGAUGUUUCAGAAGGCUUAUCUAUUAUGUAGAAUACUCGGUUUGUCCGCAUUAUAUCAUUCCUGAGAAUAAUUUAUUUGAGAAUAAGAUAAAAGACCACGCACAGGAAAUGCUUUUUAACAAAUUGAUUUGUCUUAAUAAUUAUGGUUGGCAAUGUAUCUUAAAAUCAGACCAAAUCUCGAUUAACAAUGAACCACGUUGUUUACAUGUCUACAGUGUUAAACACUUAUUAUCUCCGGUUAUUGAUGCGGCAGCCAAUUUACUGUCAAAACGUAAAUUACGAAUGGAAAAAGCCAUACAUUUGGUACUGUCUAUGAAGAGUUCCAAAAUCAAAUACCUUUACACGCACUACAUAUCAAAAUAUUGUCUGAAUGGUCACAACUUACUCCCGUUUGAUGAUAUAUACGGUAAUAAAUCUACUUAUAAGCAAUGCAAAACAUAUACGUGUACUCUGCUACUGAAUACACGUCAUGAUGCUGUAUCUGGAUGGCUGUUGAUAGCUUCGCUUUUCUAUAGGACAAAACAACACAAUAAAGCUCUUGUCAUCCUUCGGUAUUCGCUGUUCAAAUGUACAACAGAAAAAAUUUACACAGACAUGAAUUUGUCUCAUGUUAAUUUUGAACUAUUCAAUUUGAAUGUAUUUAGGAAGAUGCCAAUCGUGCAGAUGGAGAAAUUGUUGUUGCUAAAUCAUGUGGAUUUUUUUCCUCGCUCGACGUUAAUACCGGGUGAAUUACAAAUGGAAGUAGACAGAUCUAACUUUUGUAUACCCCCAGUUAUAUAUGUUCAUUUCCUUUCUGUUCUAUGUCAUUGGCAUCUGAACAAUACAAAAGAUUGUUUUGAUUCUCUCAAAGAUUUACAGUUGACCGUACGAAAGGAAUAUUGAAUGGCGAAUGACUUUCAAAAAGCUAUAUCUUACAAUAUCCUAGGUAUCGCUUUUCAAUUAGUAGGAAACAAAGAAUCAGCGAGAAUAGCAUUCACACAUUCUAUGAAAUUAACAUCAGAUCCAGAUUUAAAUAG